AUGAGUACAAAAGAAGUAAAAAAAAAUUUCGCAGCUGAUUUUUUGAUGGGAGGUGUAUCAGCAGCUAUAUCUAAAACAGUAGUAGCUCCAAUUGAGAGAGUAAAAAUGUUAAUUCAAACUCAAGAUACAAUACCUGAAAUAAAAUCAGGUCAAGUAGAAAGAUAUUCAGGUAUGAUAAAUUGUUUUAAGAGAGUAUCAAAAGAACAAGGUGUUGUAUCUUUAUGGAGAGGAAAUUUAGCAAAUGUAAUUAGAUAUUUUCCAACACAAGCAUUUAAUUUUGCAUUUAAAGAUUAUUUUAAAAAAAUAUUCCCUAAAUAUGAUCAAAAUAAAGAAUUUGGUAAAUUUUUUUUAACAAAUGUUUUAUCUGGUGGUACAGCAGGUGCUAUUUCUUUAUUGAUUGUUUAUCCUCUUGAUUUUGCUAGAACUAGAUUAGCAUCAGAUAUUGGAAAAGGAAAAGAAAGACAAUUUAAUGGAUUAUUUGAUUGUUUAACUAAAAUUUAUAAACAAACAGGUGUUUUUUCAUUAUAUAGAGGAUUUGGUGUUUCUGUUACUGGUAUUAUUAUGUAUAGAGGAUCUUAUUUUGGCUUAUAUGAUAGUGCAAAAGCACUUUUAUUUUCUAAUGAAAAAAAUACCAAUAUUGUUUUCAAAUGGGCAGUUGCACAAUCUGUUACUAUUUCAGCAGGUCUCAUUUCAUAUCCAUUUGAUACAGUCAGAAGAAGAAUGAUGAUGAUGUCAGGUAGAAAAGCUAAAGAAGAAAUCCAAUACAAGAAUACUAUUGAUUGUUGGUUUAAAAUUUUAAGAAAUGAAGGAUUAAAAGGAUUUUUUAAAGGAGCUUGGGCUAAUGUUAUCAGAGGAGCAGGAGGAGCUUUAGUUCUUGUGUUUUAUGAUGAAUUACAAAAAUUGAUUUAA